CUGUCUGGCAACUCUGCAUUUCGUUUAUAGUCAGCUGUUUUGACGUAACAUUUAUUCUUAAAUUCCUUGAAAUCAGAAAGUAAAUUAAGUUUCUUUUGGGAAAACAUGGUGCGACCAAAUUUAAUUUUGUUGACCAAACGUGUGCCCCUUAUACAAUUUCGUAAGGGCGGCUUGGCAGCUGCCAGCAAUAAGCCGAGCCCAAGUCAGCAGGCAAGUUCAGGGGAUGCGAAAAGCAAAAAGAUAACGGGCGAACCGGCUAUUGAGGAUUGGCAGCUGCCUGCACGCUUUGCACGGAAGCCAAUUGACCCACUGGAAGCUGAAUAUAUUAACAAUGGCGGCAUACCUAAUUAAUAUCCUGUAAAUCUAAAAAAAUAUAAAAUAACAUAUAUCGCUGUAACUUCUGCACUGGAAAUAAAUUAUUAACAAGUUUAUGUAUCGAAA